AAGAUGUACUUCCUCCCAUGUAUCUCAGUCAUCGAUGUGCAUCUCAGAGUUUCUCUACAGUAAUCAAGAAGAUGGAACUGGCAGAGAGUUCAAUUCAUGACCCGAAACUCAUAUAUGUAUUUGUAUCAACAUUUUCGUUUAUUUUACCCGAAGUGAUCGCCUUAUCUACAUGCGACGGUGGAUGUUAUAACUUGGCUUGUUCUUCCUGCAACACGGGCUGUUUCGGAAUCAGCUGCAAAAACCCAUGUAGCGACCUUUGUAAAUCCAGCGUAUGUGAGAAAGAAAAUGGAGUGUGUUUGUCCUGUAUAGAUGGUUAUUACACUAAAAACUGCGACACCAAGUGCCCAGUGAACUGUGCAAAUAAUACGUGCCAGAGAAACAACGGGACAUGUUCUCACCAUUGCAUCGAAGGAUGGUAUGGAAGACACUGCAACAGAAGCUGUCCUGGCCACUGCAAGUACAGAGCAUGUAAUAUGCAACAUGGGAAAUGCGAUGACGGAUGUUCAGCGUUAUGGUCCGGUAACUAUUGUAACAUAACAUGUCAACACUGUUUGCAAAGUCUAUGUGCUACAAAGCUACAGUGUAAUUUUGUUUGUGAAAAUGGUACGUUAUGUGAUCGCACAUGCAGACAUAAAUAUUCAUCAUCUAUGCAGUACAGCGUGGCAUUAGGAAGUUGUACAGACGUUCGAAGAGACCGAGGAUGUUCAGUCAGCUGUAUGGUCCACGCUACUGGUGGUUCAUCGACUGUUCAUGUGGGCAUAACCCUAUUGCUUCUCACAUGGCUCAUUUGUCUCCUGAUACAUCUGACUAAAGAAACGAACCCAUCACAGACUGCCUCUGCACCCAGGACGUAGAAGUUUUCAUGUUGUUCAUGUCGACGUUUCUAAGCCAAUGAGGAAGAAUUUCUUGGUUGGCAAAUGACCGAUCACCCCCGAGUCAAACAAGUGUUCACCCUCGAAAUGUCUUCUACAAUUCCCAUCUGAAAUACAGCUCAAGAACUUUUAUAAAGUUUUUUCAAUUACAAGUACCGUUAUUAAAUAGCGAUAGUGUACUCAAUGUUUGAACUUGUAAAUGUCACGUGUCAACAUCCACUCAGCGGUGUGAUACAGAAACAUCGUUUGUAUGAAUUAUAAAAAUUAUAGCGCGUGGUUACACGUGGAAGUGUGUUCAGGUUGUCACACCCACUUUGAUAUCUAAGGCAGAUUCAGCUUUUUAACAGUGGUACGAUUUGUAAACAUGAUGUAUAGUUCGCGCAUGAAUACAUCGCAAUGUCGUGGUUCCAGGUAUAAGCAGAUUACAUUAUUCUUCUGUGUUUAUUUCCCACUAUUUAACCCAGCCGAGGUUAUGCACUCCUUAGAGUGUUGAGUUAAUUAACUCUUAGUUGUUAACUGGUCGCAGCCAACUCAAUUAACUGUCCAUGUAUCUUGUCAAUUAUCUUGUCAAAAUGUUAAUUUAGCUACUCUUUUUAUUACUGUUUACAUUUGCAUAGCUAAUCAUAGCUUUAUAAUUGUUCUGGUUUAAUUAAUCAGUGAUCGUUGUCAGGGUAAAUUGGGUAUUUUAUCCUAUGUAUUGUCAUCUGUACUUACAAACAGCUGAUAAUAAUAUACCUGUGAGCUUAUUA